UUAAAAUUUAACGUAACGAUAUAAUUUGUUAUAUUUUUUAAGUUUCUUUUCAUUUUACACACAUUUAUCUUCGCUUUUUCUUUCAACGGGAAAUUAUAUGUCGUGUUGUGGACUACUUGGUAACAAUUAUUUGAACAAAAUAAACAGAGAAAUUUCAUCAAUCUAAACUACAGCACUAGUUCAAAGUUUACCCUUCAAAUAUCCGCUUACUAUGGCAGUAUCGGGUAGAAAUGUUGCCGAUUUUCAAAGUUCUAUAUCCAAAGGCUCAGCACAGGACUUUGACCAUGGCUGUGAACCAUGUUUGGCGAUUGGUCAGCAAAUAGAAGCUCAUGGAUUUUGUGUGGACUGUCAAGAAUAUCUGUGUAAGAACUGCUUUGCUUAUCAUCAAAGAACGAAGGCCUCAAAACAUCAUCAGUUGGUAAACAAAAAUAAUAUGGAUAAACAUGCUGUUAUCAAGAUGGAGUCAAACGAAUGCACCGAGAAGUGUCAAGUGCACAAAAAGGAAGUAAUUAAAUUUUUCUGCCCAAAACAUGAAGCACUCUGCUGCAAUGACUGUAUCGUCCUGAAUCACAGAGCAUGUGACAUUGACUAUAUACCUGAUAAAUGUGCAGGUAGCGGGGACAGUGCAGAGUUCAGAGAAGUACUGAGGGAGCUGGAUCAAAAAGUAAAUGAGGCUGAUAAUAUUAUAAAGCAUGCCUCACGUAGAGAAAAAGAAUUAGAUUCUUGCUAUGAUAAGCUAUUCAAAGUAAUUUCAAUGUUUCGCAAAGAGAUAAAUGAUCGCUUAGACCAGCUACAAAAGCAAAUCCAGACAGACGCUGACAAAAAGAUAUCCACACACAAACAAAUGGUAAAGAAAGUGCUUGAAACAUGCGAAACCACUUCUUCAGAUAUCAAACAACUACAGUCAAGACUACAAGAUUACAAAGCCUCACAGCAGAAUGGACAACUUUACAUUACAAUGAAACAAGCUAAAUCCAAACUAAAGUCAGACGAAAUAAAAGAGGCAGACAGAAGUUUAGAAAAGACAAACAUACAAUACACAUUUGAUCGAAACCAAGACCUGACAAACAUGCUUUCAAGAGAAGAUGCAUUUGGAAAACUCACUCUCUCUUCUUCUGUUGUAACUUCAAAUGAGAUAAAACCAAUUGACAAAUUGACUCAAAAAGAAAACAUAAAUAUAAAGACGAAAUCCGAUCGGCAUCAAUGCUGCAUCACAGGAUGUGUUGCCCUGUCCUCUAACAAAAUUGUGGCGGCUGACUCUAACAAUGUGAAACUGAAAGUUGUUGACAUAAAAAAUAAAACUAUAAUAGAAGAGACAACACUUCCUUCAGAACCAUGGGACAUUGCAGUAAUGCCUCAGGACCAUAUUGCUGUGACAAUGCCAGAGGAGAAAGAGAUCCAUAUAAUGACAACAUCUGGUAAAUUGUCGGCUGUCCGCAAGUUUCCAGUAAAAGGAGAAUGUAGAGGUGUAGUUUAUCAUCAAGGUCAUCUCUAUUUAGUUUGCAGUUAUCCGAAGUGUGUAUUUAUUACAGAUACAGAAGGUAACGUACAGAACACAAUUUUACUGCCCUGUAAUAAGAUGCAUGUAUUUAACAAUCCAUGGUAUUUACUGCUGAGUAAGGAUCUGAGACAUAUCUUCAUCAGUGAUUAUGGUAUCGACGGUGUCGUCAGUAUAACAUUACAAGGUGAUAUAUCUGCUGAAUACGAAUACGUUGAAAACCCACGGGGAAUGAUGAUGCUAGGCGAUGGAUCCUUGCUGAUGUGCCGCUGUAGGAAAAGUGGCAGCCUAUAUCGUAUCUCGGGUGAUUUGAAGCGGAGUCGCACAGUGAUAGAUGAUCUGUCGUACCCACGGUCUAUGUGCUAUAAUCGUGAUCAACAUGAGGUCUAUGUCGGAUGUUUGGGUGAUCAGAUGAUUGUGUUGAGUGCAAAAUAAUGAGUUUUAUGACACUGCAAAU